AUGAAAAAAUCUUCGUCACUCAGGGAGUUCAAGACCGUCCAGUCAGACAAUGGACCACCGUUUAACUCUGAAGACCUCAAAGAAUUUGCAGCGGAAAUGGGGUUCACACACAAAAAAGUCACACCACGACAUCCCAAAGCCCAGAGACAAGUGCAAGGCUUCAACAAGCUCAUGAACAAGACAGCCGCUAUAGCCCGCACAGAAGGUGUUGAUAUCCAGGCAGCAAACUAUGACAUGCUUCAAGCAUACAGGGAGACGCCACACCCCACAACAAGGACUGCGCCGUACGAAUAA